AUUUAUUCUAAAACCCUAAAUCCUAAACGCAACAUUCACACAACUCCAAAAUCUCAUCAAAUCAAAACAAAUGGAUUCUCAAAGCAACAAUGAGAAUCAAAAUUCAGCAAGUACAAGUACUCACGAUUUAAAACCCUCAAAAAUCAAAUUUCAGUACGAGGAGGACGACGAGCAGGUAGUAGAGCAAGGCGAUGAAACUGUUACGGAAAGUUCAAACCUUGAAAUCGACGAAGAUACUUCCAUGUGUGACCGCGCUGCCGCCGCCGCCGCCGCCGCCGCCGAUGAUGAUUCAAUUGUCGACGGCGAUAAGACCAGCGCCGACUAUUAUUUCGACUCGUAUUCUCAUUUUGGUAUUCAUGAAGAGAUGUUGAAGGAUGUGGUAAGAACUAAGACUUACCAAAAUGUAAUCUAUAAAAAUUCCUUUCUUUUCAAGGACAAAGUUGUCCUUGAUGUGGGAGCUGGGACAGGAAUCCUGUCACUCUUUUGCGCAAAAGUCGGUGCCAAACAUGUUUAUGCGAUUGAAUGCUCCAGUAUGGCUGACAUGGCACAAGAAAUUGUAAAACUCAAUGGAUAUUCCGAUGUUAUAACAGUUAUCAAGGGCAAGGUGGAGGAAAUUGACUUACCCGUUCCACAAGUGGAUAUUAUAAUCUCUGAGUGGAUGGGAUACUUUCUGCUGUACGAGAACAUGUUAGAUACAGUUUUGUAUGCUCGUGACAAGUGGCUGGUAAAGGAUGGUCUUGUUCUGCCGGAUAAAGCUUCUCUCUAUUUGACAGCUAUUGAAGAUGCUGACUACAAGGCUGAUAAGAUCGAAUUUUGGAAUGAGGUGUAUGGUUUUGAUAUGAGCUGCAUCCGGAAGCAAGCUAUGAUGGAACCUCUUGUUGACACAGUCGAUCAGAAUCAGAUUGUUACAAACUGCCAGUUACUCAAGACAAUGGACAUUUCGAAGAUGACUUCUGGAGAUGCUUCCUUCACUGCCCUCUUUAAGCUCAUUGCAGAACGUGACGAUUACAUCCAUGCCCUUGUAGCAUACUUCGAUGUCUCUUUCACGAAGUGCCACAAGUUGAUGGGGUUCUCAACAGGGNCAAAAUCUCGGGGCACACAUUGGAAGCAAACAGUUCUCUACCUGGAAGAUGUGAUAACCAUUUGCCAAGGGGAAGCUGUAGUUGGAAGCAUUACUGUGGCUCCUAACAAGAAAAAUCCUCGAGAUGUUGAUAUAAUGCUCAAAUACUCUGUAAAUGGUCGGCACUGUCGUGUCUCAAGAACUCAAUAUCAUCGGAUGCGAUGAUGCAUAAAGUUGAAGCUCCUUCCAAAAGGAAUCAAAGUUAUUUAUAUUCUCUGUUUAUUGUUUGUCCCACCAAACUGUGGGUUAUUUUCCUUUCUGUUUGCUCAGUUACACAACCAAGAAAUUCAUUUGCUGCAUUGUCUGAUUGAGGCCAAAGAGGCAAUUGUAACCAACCAUUAUAAAGUGACGUUCAUGUUUCUGAUACGCUGGUUAAACUUACCAAAGUGCCAGGUACGACGUAAUUUUUCCCUUGGAUAAAGGUGAUUUGUUGUAUUAUUAGAUUAAGUACAAUUUUUUAUGUGUUAUUGUUGGUGAAUGUUAAUGCAUCCUAGAGUGAUUAUUUGUAUUUA